AUGAACGGAACACAGUUGACAGACAGAGCUAAUCAAGCUCUUGUCGAUGCUCACGCACUCGCAGAGCAGCAUGCUCACCCACAGCUCCUCCCCAUUCAUCUCGCAGUUUCGCUCCUGGACCCCCCUGUGGAUGAGUCCAAGGACCAGCAAGUUACCACACAUCCCUCACACCAAGCCAGUUCAGGUUCUCUCUUCAAACGAGUUGUGGAGAAAGCCCAUGGCGAUCCUCAGCAGCUACGCAGGGCCCUCAACAAGUCUUUGGUCCGGCUAGCUUCGCAAGAUCCGCCUCCAGAGACCAUCUCCCCGUCACCGGCGUUUGCGAAGGUUCUCCGGGCGGCUUCCAAUUUAUCAAAGACCCAGAAGGAUACUUACGUCGCAAUUGAUCAUUUAAUAGCUGCGCUAGCGCAGGAUCCUACUAUCCAGCGGGCGCUUGCGGACGCAAAUAUCCCCAAUGUCAAGAUGAUCGAUUCUGCUAUCCAGCAAAUCCGCGGAAUGAAACGCGUGGAUUCAAAAACGGCAGAUACAGAAGAAGAAAGUGAAAACUUAAAAAAGUUUACGGUGGACAUGACUGCCAUGGCGAGAGAAGGGAAGAUUGAUCCCGUGAUCGGCCGAGAAGAGGAGAUUAGAAGAGUGAUUCGCAUUCUCAGCCGACGGACAAAGAACAAUCCAGUGCUUAUUGGCGAACCUGGCGUGGGAAAGACAACGGUCGUCGAAGGCCUAGCACGACGGAUUGUCAAUGCCGAUGUUCCCGCCAAUCUGGCUAAUUGCAAGCUUCUAUCCUUGGAUGUCGGAUCACUUGUUGCUGGCAGCAAGUAUCGUGGUGAGUUCGAGGAGAGGAUGAAGGGCGUUUUGAAAGAGAUUGAAGAAUCAAAGGAGACCAUCGUUCUGUUUGUGGAUGAAAUCCAUCUUCUUAUGGGAGCUGGCUCCAGUGGAGAAGGUGGCAUGGAUGCCGCAAAUCUACUCAAGCCCAUGCUUGCAAGAGGUCAGCUACAUUGCAUUGGCGCAACCACUCUUGGCGAAUACAGGAAGUACAUCGAGAAAGACCAAGCUUUCGAGCGUCGAUUCCAACAGGUCUUGGUCAAGGAGCCUACUGUUGGCGAGACCAUCUCUAUUCUCAGGGGUCUGAAAGAACGAUACGAAGUUCACCAUGGUGUUAACAUCCUCGAUGGAGCCAUUGUAUCCGCAGCCAACCUUGCUUCUCGUUACCUUACUGCCCGAAGACUUCCAGAUUCCGCAGUUGAUCUAAUUGACGAAGCAGCCGCCGCUGUCCGCGUCACGCGAGAAUCUCAACCUGAAGCCCUGGAUACUUUGGAACGCCGUGCCCGACAACUCCAGAUCGAAAUCCAUGCUCUGGCUCGCGAAAAGGAUGCGGCGUCGAAGGCUCGACUCGAGGCUGCCAAACAGGAGGCAGCUAACGUCAACGAAGAGCUUCGCCCUCUACGUGAAAAAUAUGAAAGUGAGAAACAACGGAGCAAGGAUAUUCAAGAUGCUAGAAUCAAAUUGGACCUUUUGAAAGUGAAAAGGGACGAGGCAACCCGGUCUGGAGAUACGCAAACUGCUUCGGAUCUGAUUUACUAUGCCAUCCCGGAUGUCGAGAAGCGCAUCGAACAAUUGGAGGCUGAAAGAGCUCGACAAGAUGCGGAACUAUCAGCCCAGCCAGGUGCAGGAGAAACCCUUAUGGCAGAUGCUGUUGGCCCGGAGCAAAUCAAUGAAAUUGUGGCUAGAUGGACCGGCAUUCCCGUUACCAGACUGAGGACCACCGAAAAGGACAGACUUCUGCACAUGGAAUCGCACCUUUCCAAAAUUGUUGUUGGCCAGAAGGAAGCCGUCCAAUCAGUGUCGAACGCAAUUCGACUCCAACGGUCUGGCCUGAGCAACCCUAACUCCCCGCCAAGCUUCCUCUUCAGUGGGCCGUCAGGCACGGGUAAAACUCUGCUUACGAAGGCACUGGCGGAAUUCCUGUUCGAUGACCCCAAGGCCAUGAUCCGAUUUGAUAUGUCUGAAUAUCAGGAACGGCAUUCUUUGAGUCGAAUGAUCGGAGCGCCCCCUGGCUACGUUGGGCACGAUGCUGGUGGCCAGCUAACAGAAUCACUUCGCCGGCGACCAUUCUCCAUUCUCCUCUUCGAUGAGGUGGAAAAAGCUGCGAAGGAAGUUUUGACCGUCCUCCUUCAGCUGAUGGAUGACGGAAGAAUCACAGACGGUCAGGGAAGAAUUGUCGAUGCAAAGAAUUGCAUCGUUGUCAUGACUUCCAACCUUGGCGCCGAGUUUCUCCAACGGCCCACAGCUUCCAAUGGCCAGAUUGACCCCACCACUAAAGAGCUUGUUAUGGGCGCACUGCGGAACUAUUUUCUUCCCGAAUUCCUUAAUCGAAUCUCUAGCAUCAUUAUCUUCAACCGCCUCACAAGGCGGGAGAUCCGGAAGAUCGUGGAUGUUCGGUUACAAGAGAUCCAGCGGAGGCUAGAGCAGAACGACCGCACGGUGACGAUAGAUUGUACAGACGAAGUCAAGGACUACUUGGGUAAUGCCGGAUACUCUCCAGUCUAUGGCGCCAGGCCACUCUCGCGACUCAUUGAGAAAGAGGUCCUGAACCGCCUUGCGGUCUUGAUCUUAAGAGGGGCCAUCAAAGACGGCGAGACUGCACGUGUUGUGAUGCAGGAAGGAAGAAUCACUGUCCUACCAAACCACGUUGAAACGGAAAGUGAAGACGAGGAGAUGAUUGAUGAAUCUGACACACUUGCGGAGAUGGAAGAAGAUAUGGGAGAACAGGACCUUUAUGAGUGA